AUGUCCGCAUCAACAAAGCGCGUUGCUGUGAUAGGAGCUGGAAUUAGUGGAGUGGUGUCUGCUGCUCACCUGAGAAAUGAAGGACUAGACGUAACAGUCUUUGAACGAUCAAGUGCUGCUGGUGGAGUCUGGCUUUAUGAUGAGCGAAGACCACUCGAACCCGCCUACCCUUCCGUUCUGGCACCUUGCUAUGUUGGCCUGAAAAACAAUGUUGGUACACGCCUGCUCACGACCACGCUCAAUCCAUUCCCAGCUGGGACUGAAGACUACGUUAGCCAUUCUGUUCUGAAGGAUUAUAUCCAGGAUACUGCAGUAAAGACUGGAGUGGAACGUAUCACGCACUAUGACACGGAAGUCAAGCAACUGUUCAAGAUCAACGGCAAGUGGAAAGUCGAGACGGUAGUAUUGGAGCGUCGGCCUUCAGGUACCACAGAAAGCAGAUCAACAACCUCGACAUUUGACACUGUUUUUGUGGCUUCAGGUCACUACCACGCGCCAAGGGUACCCGAUAUACCCGGCAUUGAUGAGUUGAAACGACGAUUUCCGACCAGGAUACAACAUUCAAAAGGAUAUCGGACGCCCCAGCGCUUCGCAAAUCGAAACGUGCUUCUGAUCGGUGCGAGCGUAUCUUCAACCGAUAUCGCUCGGGAACUUGGUCCGAUCUCCAAUACCAUCUAUCAGAGCCAUCGUGGUGGUGCAUUUGAUCUGCCAGCCACUCUGCUUCCUGAUAACGCAACCCGGGUCGAAGAAGUUGUGGCUUUCGACUUGCCAAAGAUUAAUACCGCGGUGACUGAUGAAAACGAGCCACUUCCGGUGACCAUCAAGCUCAAAUCCGGCCAAACACUAUGCGGGAUGCACGACAUCUUGAUAUGUACCGGCUACCAUAUUACGAUACCUUUCCUACCUGAUCUGCACUCUGACAGCACACCUGCCGCUGACGCAUCUCCCACCACACUUGUCACAGACGGAACACAGCUGCAUAAUCUUCACAAGGAUAUCUUCUAUAUUCCAGACCCAAGUCUGAUCUUCAUCGGUGUUCCAUACUUUACAGCUACGUUUACGCUCUUCGAAUUUCAGGCCAUGGUCGCAGCGAAAGUUGCCGCAGGCAAAGUAAAGCUACCGAGCGAGAAAGAGAUGAGAAAAGAGUAUGAAGAUAGAGUCGCACUCAAAGGCUACGGCAAGACAUUCCACAGCUUAAGAGAAAAGGAAGUCGAAUACGUCAAUGAGCUCCUAGAGUUCGCCAAUCCGCAGCUGGAAACGCAGCUGCUUGGGCACACAGAGGUUUGGCAUGAGGCAAGAGCGGAGUUGGUCGCUCGGAUGCAAGCCAUGCGUGCCGCCGGACCCGGUCCUGUGAAGGAGUUGGGCGUGACCUGCGCGUAG